AUGACCAACUCGCAGACCAACGGGGACGGCGCCAACGGGCCUUCACCGACUGUCCCCCAGCCCCAAUCUGCCCAUGCCCCGCUAUCGGGCCAGCCUUCUCCGCUUGCGAACGCUUCUUCCGUCCAGCCACAUGGUCCUUCCCCACCUCAGGCCCAGGGCGACCACGGGGCAGGCCAAGACCUCUCUGCGCUCGACGAUAACAGCGAUAACGCCAAACGCCCCCGCUUACGUCUCGCGCACGCCUGCGAUCGCUGCCGCCGCAGGAAAAUUAAAUGCGACACCCAACACCCCUGCACCCCGUGCCAACAGUCCAACAAUGUGUGUACGUUCGAGACCCCUUCGCGACGGACGGUCAAACCGAAAGGCACGUCCGCGGAGCGCGUGAGCGGCACGGGUGGGGUCAAGAGGCCACAUUCGCCGGGGAGGAGUUUUGCCAAUCUCGCCACGGGGCGGGGUGAGAACCAGGCGGGGCUGGAAGCGCGAUUGGCGGCGCUGGAAAGCAUGUUGAGGGAUGUACCGCCGAAUGUGCAUAAUGCGUUCUUAUCGACGCUUGAUGCGAGGCUCGGGAGCGGGACGGGAGUGGGGAUCAAGGAAGGAGGGAGUGGGGGAGAAGGCGUGGGCGUGGCGGCAGAGGCGUUGGGCGGGACGACGACGAAUCUUUCAGAGCUGGUCGGGAUGAGCACGGGAUAUACGCCAGCCUUGAGCCCGUAUGAUCAGCAAAACAAAUUGGCGGCGGAUUGGGGAUUGAACAGCAGCGGCGGCCCGGAUCUGAACGGCUGGCUCGGUGCAGGAUUGGGAAAGAAGAAGGAAGAAGUGGGUAUGGAUGAGCUGGCCAAGAAGCUGGGUGGCAUGAGCUUUUUCUACGAAGACGAGAUUGGACAGGCAAAGUGGCAAGGCGCCACAUCCGGAUUCCCUCUGCUACACCUGCUCGCUGCGCACAACGCGUCCAAAGAAGAUGAUGACGAGGGAGCUGGCGAACAAGAAAUCCUCACCUCGCCCGCCGCCGAAUCGACACUAUCCACCUCGCCCAACAACCCGCACCUGUCUCGCCGCGUAUCCUCUGCUUCCACAGCGCUCAACCGCACAUCUACCGCUCAGCCGAAACGAUCCCAGUCGAUCGGGCUCGGCGCCAUAGGCCGCCGGGCAAGCAGCAUGGAAGGAAAAAGGAAAGAACGCUUCUUCCCCGACCGUACGCCCCGGCCACACCAGACGCUCAACCCGGAAGCGAGCUGGAAAGUGAUCACCGGCGUGAUUCCCCCGGACCUGAUGGACACUCUCGUCCGAUGCUACCUCUCCACCUCGCACCUCUUGUGGCCGUUCCUCCAUGUACCGUCGUUCUUGGCAGAUUAUGCCAACCCGGCACAGUGGGGUGAACCGGGCUUCACGUGCUUUAUCGUGGCGGUGUGCACGCUGUCGUCGCGGCAUGUGGAUGACCCGCGUGUGAGGGCAAACCCGAAUGACCCGUCGACGGCGGGCAAGCAGUACUUUGAGUUGUUUAAGCGGUUGCGAGAUUUGCCGUCGGCGGAUAGGCCUACGUUGUAUAGUAUCCAAGCGGCGUUCUUGGCUGCCAUCUAUGCGUUUGGUUUGGGAAACUUGAGCAAGGCGUUUGCGUUGCAAGCGGAGAGUAUCACAUUAUGUUUGGACGGAGGUUUACAUAGGAGUGUGGAUGCGUAUGAUCAUUUCGAUGCCGUCGAGAAGGAGACUAGAAAACGAACAUUUUGGUCCAUCUACUCGUGGGAUAAACAAUCCGCCGCGCUAUUCGGACGACCACCAAUCAUCCACCUCCGCGACUGCGACGUUACCGAGCCCAUCAUCGUCGACGACGAAAACCUCGUGCCAGAAGGUAUCAAAGACGACGCCAUCAAUCCCAAAAGUCGUAUGUGCGCAUUCGUCGCUACGAUCCGGCUGCACGUCAUUCUCGAGGGUGUGAUUGAUUCCGCGACGUCGCCGUCGGCCUUCCCAACGAGUCCGUUCUUGGCGCGGGCGGCGGCUACGAUUGCGAGGAGGAUGCCACAGACAGAGACGUUAAGGGCGGAGGAAGAGCUGUUGGAAGAAUGGAAACGGAUAUUGCCAAAGUAUUGGAAUUAUGACACGGAUACGGCGAAUUCGCGGGAUCCUAUCCGAAUCACGCAGGCAGAGCGGUUGCAUUGUCUGGAGCACCUGGUCAAGAUGAUCAUCUAUCGACACCGAUUCUCGGGCUUUGUGGCUAUUCCGGCAUGUACACCAGAAGAGCGCACGAGGCAUCUGGAUCUUUGCAAAAAGGCCAUGCAGUGUGCGCUGACCAUCAUUGCCGACCACGUCCACAUCAGCCAAAGAGGCAUGAUGACUUAUUACGGCGUGCAUGUGAUUCAUCAACUCGCGCAAGCUGGCCGUACACUGGUAGCUGUGAUUCUCAACUGCCGCAACACUGAUUUCAGACCGAUCAUUGCACCUUCAAUCGAGGGGCUGCGUUCGUGUGUGGGACUGUUGAGGCGGUUCAGCGGGCGGUAUCUGUGUGGUUUGAGAUCUGCGGAUAUCAUUGACGAAUUCUGUCGAGUGUGCAACAUUCCCGUCGACUCGCCGCGAGUGCCAGAUUCUGCCGGCCGACCUUCCCCCGCCUGGCUCCGUCCGGUACGCAAACAUAUCGCCACGACUCCCCCCAUUUCCGACUCGCCCGCCAGCUCGGGCAUGAUGAAUUUUGACCCCAACGCGCUCCACAGUACCGACUCUGGACGCCCUUCGCUGGGCGGGCUCGGUGGUCUGGGAAGCUCGGCGCCAGAGCUGGAAGCAUUGUUCAACACUGCCGCGUACUUUAACGUGCCCGGUGAACAGGAUGUGAAUCCUGUCGCCUCGACGCGUGAAUCGGGCAGUGGCGGAUUCAUGCCCACGCUCGGGGGACUUGGUGAAGCUUCAGCGCCGUUUGACAGGUUUGAGACGCUCACUCCGAAUGCGAGUCUGGGCAAUGGCAAUGCCAUGCUCAGUGGGCAAGAUGCGGAUUCUAACAACUAUACAUAUAAUGCCAACGCCAGCGCGAGUGAUGCGGACCAACCUAUGAGCGAGCACCAGCAGCAAGCUGGGGCGAGGGCGGGUAACUUGAGUUUCGACUAUGGGAUGAAUGGGCAGGGCUUUGGCGGGGAGAGUCUGGCGACGGCAGGAAUGGAUAAUGUGUCGGACGGGCUAAAGCAGGGUGGGAGUGCUUUGUCCGCGGCGACGAUUCUGAGUCUAAUGGAGGAGGGGUCGUUUGACUAUGGGAGUGUAUUUACGGACCAGGCGCCAUGA